AUGAGCUCUGAACGGGACAAGGAGAGCCUCGAAGCCGAGAAUGAGCGUCUUCGCAGAGAGAUUGAGCGAAUGCGCAUGCUGCUGCAAAGGCAGGAGAAGCCCGAUCUCUCCGAGAGUGACUUGGGCUCGUUGGGAGAACAAUCAUCGACCUCCCUUGCGUCAAGUCUGCCCGAACAGAAAGGAGCAAACGAAGCAAUUGAAGAUAGCGUACCAGCCUCAACCCUGCUUCUCGACGGCAGUUGGCAGGAGUACGACCCUGAGAUCUGCAUGCUGAUAGAGCAGGCCUACCAGGGAGGACAGAGAGCCGUCUGCCCGUCUCACAACACGGUGCUGGUCUUCGGAGACAUGGAGGAGCAGUCGGUCGAGGAUGGGGAGGGCAAGGUCGGCGUCCAGCCUCUCUACUCCAAGCCUGUGAAGCGUCAUCGCUCCUUCGGGCGCUCUCCUGUCCUGCUGGCUCUGAGGAGGCGCAACCUGGUGUACAAGGAGGCGUCGCUGCGGGCGAGGACUGAGGCACUGAUCCUCCAUGAUAAGUCGAACUCGGCGGACGCGGAGAGCAUGGCGGAGGUUGGGAUCGGCUGCAGCCUCGGGCACGACCCUCUAUCAGGCAACAUCUUCAUCGCCCACAUCCGGACGGACAGCGCAGCCGCUCUGUCCGGGAGGCUGGCGGCAGGGGACGUGCUGGUUAGCAUAGACGGGGAGAGGGUAACGAAGAUGGAGGAUGCGUCGUUGCUGAUCGGGCCUGUUGGGAGCGUGGUGGAGGUGGAGGUGAGGUACGACGAGAAGGUGGAGAGAGUCUCUGUGGUGAGGAAGAGCUAUGCUCCCAACCUGCCAAUGCACACGUUCAUGAGAGACUUGGAGCAAGCGGAGCAGCGGUACAGGUUCGACGUCGGGGUGGAGGUGGACCUUGUCGGAGGGAUUCCGAUGAUCGUCCGUAUUCGAGAGGGGAGCCCUGCGGCGUGCUCGACGAGUUUGAUGGAAGGAGAUCAGAUCAUGAUGAUUGACGACUGCGAUGUCAUCAACGACGUCGUCCCGCUAGAGAGCAUCGUGCAGAUGCUCGAAGGUUCGCCAUGGAGUCGCGUCAAGCUCAUGGUCGCGCGCGCCUACCCUUGGGCUCCUUCCUCCCCGAAGAAGAAGGCGGAGAAGAAGAAGAGAGCACGGCAGGAGGAGGAGCAGCCGGCGCAAGUCAACAUGUCGGAGUUCGAGGUCGAGCUGGUCCGAGGCCCGGACCUGAAUGCCGAGGGGAUUCGAGCCAAGUUGGAGUUUGAGGAGCUUGUCAAAGCCAAGAAAUCUCUUCAGGAGAGCCUGAAAGCUUCUGCAAAGAGACAGAACCCCCUGAUGCUGGCUAAGAAUGCAGUGAAGAGCGUAGAGGAGCUCAAGGAGACGGCGCAAGAUGUCGUAGCGAAGGCUCAAGAAAACUUCGCUGCCGCUGCCAGUCAGGUGACUGACAAGGUGGAGGAGAGCGUUGCUCCCCUGCUAGAGCAGCGAUGGCAAGUCCUGCAGUUCGGAAGUCAGGUCUCGGGGCUGGUGCGCAACGCAGUUUCGAACAUCACACGGGGAGUCUCGGAGCAGGUGAACGUACGGAUAGUGGGAGGUGAAGACUGCCGGUCGAUCUCGAUGCUCGCCGGGAACAAGGUGGAGAGCCUGGAGGUCAAUGGCGAAUUCUUCGGUUGCGAGUUUGACAAGAGCCGAUCGCAAGCGUGGGCGGCGAACAAGAAGGUGAUCGGGCAGCUGAAUGUGGAGGGGAGGAGGAUGCUGUGGUGGUGGUGA